CCCAACUCCUCCCUCUUUCUCUCUUUCUCUCUUUUCUCUCCUCUUCCUAGCCAUCGGACGUUCAGUCACAAGUAUCGCUUUUACCACACGCUCCCGCAACUUCGCGCAUACCUCUUUUAUUCCGACUGAUCCAGCUCUUGUCCCUGGUUCAGUCGCCUCCGCUUCACCAGUUACCCCGCGAUCACUUUUUAUGCAAUCAGAGCCUUCUGACGUUCUCAAUCGUCCUCAUACAGUAGAUCCAUCCUCGGAAGACCUUCUACACCCUACCCAGCAUGGAAAUGAUCUUUAUGGUGACUAUCGAGUCUCUGGCCGUCUUCCCGAAGACGCUGGAGACGACCCCGAUGUCCCUGACUCACCAGUGCGGGACGUAUCACUCCUAAGGUCAGCUCAAUCGUCACCGGCUGUUGAUCGGGUCAGUCAGUAUGAGAGUGCUGCAUUUGAAACAUAUCCAAGGCAAUCGGACUACGGUUUCAUCGUAAUCCCUUCCUCAAAGGAGUCCAACUUUUCUCUGGAUACGUUCCCCAAUGAGGUCUUAACUCACAUUCUCUCCCACUUACCCCCCGCAUCUUUGUCAUCUAUUGCGCUUGUGUCCCGUCGGUUCCACAGUCUCGUUACUACCCCUCAUGCGUGGAGAAUCGCCUUCUCUCGGUACUUCCCCGGCCCUUAUGGCUCGGAGGAUUCCAAGUCCCCCGACCGAUUGACGUCCGAUAAGCGAUACUUCUCCAGGUUGACUGCGCUGGCAUCCUGGAGAAGCGAGUAUAUCCUAAGAACCCGCCUGUUGCGAUCGCUUUCCCGGGGCAAACCAGCACAAUUUGGUGUGUCCAAGAAGUAUGGUACUGUUCGAUCUGCAACUAUCCGGAAUGGUAGCGCGAUCGCGACCUACACCUCUCAGCUCCUAUUUCCUGUUAGCCAUCUCAACGGCACUUUUGGGGGCGAUUCAGCCAAGAAAGAGCCUCUUUUUAUUCAUGGGGCGUCGGAACAAGGUAGUUCGUCCGCCAGCGACCCAUCCGCCGUGAAGGUUGGCACAUGGGGCUUGUCUGACCACCAUUUCUUCCGCCACUUUACCGACAUGUUCCCCGGCGAAGCACAGUAUGGGCUAGGGUCUGGUAACCUUGUUGGUAUGCCCAACCGUAUGGAUGUUAGUCAGCCAUUCGGUAUGGUUUAUGGCGAAGCAUGCCCCCAAGGACGUGGCUAUUUCCUAUCGACAGCUGAGCAACGGGGAAGGUUUUUAGGGAUCACGGAGUUGGGUUCGCAUCCCGAACUUGGUAUUCCUGCUGUCAAUCAGAUAACCACUGCCGUCACUGCUGUCUGGAUCGCAAAAUCUUCGGACAUUCUCAAAAUGACUGGCGGAUUAAUUGGGAUACUGUCCGGCUCUUCCUCAGGUGUCCUGACUGCGUACGCCCUCGGGCCUCAUCCGGCCUAUGAGAGGCGAUUUGAAAGAGGCCAAAUCACUGCUCGAUGGGUUCUCAGUCCAGGUGUUCCUAUCGUUGCGAUCGCUGUGGAUGACACAUAUUCCCAAAACCGAUGUGUCCGUCGACGCGCGUGGGCAGUGGUUCUCAAUGCAUUAGGAGAGAUAUUUUAUCUUUCUGAUCUACCUAGACAAAACGAUCCCGUGUCGACUAAUAUGACUCCUGAGGAAGCUGACCAGUUGGCUUGGAAGACAGGCCGCAGUGUGCGCUGGGAAUUGGUUGAAAUUAGUAGGCGAACCGCGCGCCCGGACCCUUUCAAUCGUGAAUUGGUCGACGGCAGCUACAGUCCGAGGUCGUCAUCGGACUCGAUGAGACUAGGUGAAGACCAGAUUUCUGCUGAAACAAAAGAGAUUGAGCAGUUUCUAUCUUUCAAGCCUAAACACUUUCGCAAGGUGUGUGAGGGCUGGGAUAUGAGGCGUGAUCUCCAAGUUGACUUUGCGGGUGACGAUGGUUAUGGCGCUGGCGAGUCAAUUAUUGUGAUCCAACGCGGUGAUGGGGAAAAUGAGAAAGCAACAAUUCAGAGGUAUACUCGAAAGUUUUCACCUUCCCACUUGCAGGCAGUUACUUUGGGUUUCAACACUCCCGCUGCUUCAAAUGCUAUUCCAACCUCAAUCUUCGGUGGCCCUGCCAAUCCACCGGCUCUUCCCUCUGUUGAAAGCAGCUCCCCUCCGUCUCGCGCCUCUGCUAGGCUCAAUGAGCCCGUGUGCACUCCCUCGAAUACUGUGUGGCAUAUUUCGAAUCUCCACUUCGACGGUCGGAAGUCUCUACAGAUCACCACAAGCGCUUUAGAUAUGUCUACCUACGCGCUAAUAACGUUUGACGAGGAUCUCCUCUUAGGAAUGGCAGGCAGUUCCGCCCCGUCAUCGGCUGUGUCAUCGCCUCUCCCCCAUAUGGAACGUUCUUCUGGUGUGUCUGACAUACCAGGACAACGUGGGCGAUACAUGGCUAUUGGGACAGCCACCGGAUCCGUCUUUGUCUGGGAUAUUCGGUCUCCCACGUCGAAGAAUCCGGAGAUCAUUAAUUCGGUUGCUCCAAUACGCGUCAUUUAUACGGACUCACCUCAAGUGUCGUGUGUUGCUCUAACCUCCUUGUACCUGGUUCAUGGUGGGAAUGACGGACUAGUUCAAGCUUGGGAUCCUCUUGCCUCUACUACCCGUCCAAUUCGAACGAUCAAUUCUCGCUUCUCCUCACGUGCUCGCCGACGCCUUGUUCAGGCUGAGGCUUCUAUGCAUGGAAUUGGAAACAAUUACUAUGCAACAGGAGCCAUAUGCCUUGACCCCGAUCCUACCAACCUCAGAGGAAUGGUUGCUUUAGGAACACAUCUCCGUUACUGGUCUUACAGCUCCUCUGCUGCAGACCAGUAUAAGAGUAACAAACGGCGGCUCCGUCAUACCCAGCGAGGCAGCAAUAACGCGGCCAAUGGCCAACGCUUUAAUAACAGUGGCCGUGGAGCACUUAAAGAGCAUAUCGAGGACGAGAAAGUUGAGAUGGAACGACAAAUCGUCGCCGAUCAGAAAGAGAAAGCACAUCUAAGCAAUCGUUUUGGCAUUGACCUUCUAGGUCCAGAUGUCAGCGAGGAAGAACUACUAGCCUAUGCUCAGAUGUUGAGUCAAGAAGCGUAUAGCAGCGAAGCGAUGAAACGAGGUGAACUUGCGGAAGGUUCAGUCAUCAGCACCUCUCCCAGCGAUACCAUCGGCCCGCAUGAUAGUUCGUUUGUGCCCGAUGACUUCUCCUCGGCGUCUUCUCCAUACGACGAUACUGUCGAGGAAGAUCUCGAUCCAGACCUUGCGGAAGCAAUUCGCUUGAGUCUCCUUGACACCCCUAGCUCGUUCGAACCUGUAAAGAGCAUCCCUAUUAAGUAUUCAAACGGGUCUCAAUCUAAUACGAGCUCUUUUUCUCCGCCUGAACCCACAAAUGCAGAGAGCAGUCGACAGCAAGAGCUCGAUGACCUGGAUUUUGCCAUCCAGUUGAGUCUUGUAGAGAACCAGCCUGGCGAUCAAUCAUAUGAGCAGGACGAGGAGUUUCCCACACUUCCUGUGGGAUCGCGGUCCCCCAAAAACAAAGGCAAGACUCGGGUGGUGUGGUAAAUUAUGUGUUUUUUUUUUUU